AUGGUAGCUAGUAUUAAAUCAGGUGUGUUAACACUUUUACACACGGCGUGCGGUGCGGGCAUCCUAGCUAUGCCGUAUGCUUUCAAGCCAUUUGGAUUAGUCCCCGGAAUGAUCAUGAUAGUGAUAUGUGGAGCGUGUGCUAUGCAAAGUCUGUUCAUACAGGCCCGUGUGGCCAAGUAUGUACCACAAGGAAGAGCCUCCUUCAGUACUUUGACACGAUUGAUCAAUCCUAGUUUAAGCAUUGUGUUUGACCUGGCGAUCGCAGUUAAGUGCUUCGGUGUAGGUGUCUCUUAUAUGAUUGUAGUUGGGGACUUAAUGCCCCAAAUCAUGUCAGUGUGGACAAAUAAUGCGUGGCUGUUGAGCAGAAACGUGCAAAUUUCAUUGAUCAUGCUUUUUUUUGUAACUCCGUUGUGUUUUCUGAAGAAGUUGAAUUCCUUGAGGUACGCUUCUAUGAUAGCUAUCUCUUCUGUAGCAUACUUAUGUGCUUUAGUGUUGGUGCACUACAUUGCACCCUCAGAGGAUAUUCUACGGUUGAGGGGCCAGAUCUCCUACUUCUUCCCACCACAAUCUCACGAUUUGAACGUGCUGAACACUCUACCUAUUUUCGUUUUUGCCUAUACAUGUCAUCACAACAUGUUCUCGAUAAUCAACGAGCAGAGGUCAAGCCGAUUCGAGCAUAUAAUGAAAAUUCCGUUGAUAGCCGUAUCUUUGGCGCUCAUCUUGUAUAUCGCAAUCGGAUGUACUGGAUAUCUGACAUUCGGUGACAACAUAAUUGGGAACAUAAUCAUGCUAUACCCGCAGACUGUCUCGAGUACUGUUGGCAGAAUAGCCAUCGUGUUGCUGGUGAUGCUGGCCUUCCCACUACAAUGUCAUCCUGCAAGAGCUUCUAUCCACCAGAUUCUGCAACACCUUGAGAGGGAAAAUAUUACUACAAGCACUACAUCUGUGUCAGGACCCACUUUUGCUAACGAAAACUCGCCGUUGAUGGGGGACAGGGGCCUUGACAUCAACGAGGUUAUUGAGGAAGAAUCAAUCUAUCAACCAAAGGAAACUUCUUUAAAAGGCAAGAGCUUUGUUUUCAUAACGUGUGGCAUCUUACUUGCAUCAUAUCUCGUCGCUAUAUCAGUGUCCUCUUUGGCCCGCGUGCUAGCCAUUGUGGGUGCCACAGGCUCCACUUCUAUUUCUUUUAUUCUGCCCGGGCUCUUCGGUUACAAACUAAUAGGUACAGAGCACAAUACUGUCAUACCGUUCACCACAAGGCUUUUCAAGUAUACGGGCCUUGCAUUAUUUAUCUGGGGGCUAGUAAUUAUGAUUACUUGUCUCACUGCUGCUUUGAAGCUCAACUAA